AAUUACAGAGAAUACACAUUAAGAUACUAGACAGGUAACUGGUGAAAUAUGAAGAGGUAUAGGGAAUAAUCAAUUUAAUAUGUAAUGAGCAUUAAAAAAAAAACUCCCUUUAGAUUUCCCAGUUUUGCUGUUACAGACUUCUCUAAAGGUUAUUUAGAAAGCAGCUGCUAUCACUAUAAGUUGACUUCCUUCCUUCCUGUGUUACACAUAAUUGGACCCCACAUACAACUGACACACACACACACACAAACACUGACACACAAACACUGACACACACAAACACACACGCUGACACACAAACACUGACACACUGACACACACACACACACACACACUGCUCAGCUGAAGACCAGCAGGGGUUUUAAAAAGCUGCCAGAAUCUGAGAAGGGAGAGAGUGUGCGGAACCGAUAUAGCGGUCUAGUCAGCCACACUGUAGACUUUGUUUGAGAUGGUGAAACCAAAAUGUUUAGGAGAUACAGUUAUAUGAAACCCCCUGCACAAAUUACAAAUUACAAAUUACAGUUCAGGAGCGCCAUUUGGCUUCCUGCCAGUGCCUUCCUGCCAGCUAUUUUAAAAAUAGCCACAUUGCUUUGGCAACACUGUGGAAAAUAAGUCGUGCCAAUAAAGCACUUUGACUUGAAAUUGAAAUUGAAACUGAAAUUGAAUUGAGAGAGAGCGCGCGAAAAUUUGAAUUUGAGAGAGCAGUUUCAAGAGUAACAGGAAGGAAGCUUGAUUGUGUGCUGCUGCUAUGUGGUGAAGUGUCUCUUUUGCAUGCGUGUAUAUAUAUUUAUUUAAAUGUACAAGCUUUAGAGGUAGACUGUUCGAUCCUUGCAACAAGCAUGUUGAAACAAAAUGGUGUAAAAGACCGAAUGGUACGCGUGUUGGAUGAACUGAGCAGAACAAAUAUCAAGCGGUUUAAAAGCAAACUCAAUGAUGUUCGUUUUGGAGAUUUUGAUAGAAACAUCGGAAAGGGGCCAUUAGACAAAGCAGUGGCCAAUAUAGAUUUGGCAGAUCUGAUAAUCGGCCACUAUGGAAAACUUGAUGGACUCCGCAUUGUGAUUAAAGUCCUGAAAGACAUCAACCAAGUUCAUUUAUCAACGAAACUGUCAGAGGAGACGAUAUCAGGUAUAGAGGAAUCGUUUUCUUUCGAUCCUGUAGGCGCGUCAACUCCAGACACUACCCCUGAGGCGGAUGUGGAGGUUCCAGUACCAGUACCAGUGCAGAAAAACAAAAAAAGAAAGAGGAACAGACGACUCUGCUACAAAUCCAAAUACUCAAACACUGGAAAACGCUGUAAACUAAAAAAGCGUGGGAAACGUUUGUUGGAUGAAAACACGGAGAGCAGUGAAGGGAGCGAACACCACGAAAUACAGCAAUCCUCUGACGAAAGUAUCAUGAAAGGAAUAUUACUUGCAGUUAACACUUUGAGCAAACUAAAGGUCCAGAUCACUUCCGACACACUCGGAGAGCUUCUGCAGUUUGCCAAGAGCGUGAGAGGCGAGGGUUUAAACUCCAUUGAGAUGUUUGAAGACAAACACAUUGAGCAAGUCCUUCUCUCCCUCAGUGGGGUCAUCAAAGAAGAAAUCCAGGAAGCGGUCAGGUUGAGUCCAGUGUUUUCUGUCCAGGCUUACAAAGAAAUAAUUGGUGGAAGACAAUGGGUGAUUUUGUACGUUAGCUACUUAAAGGACGGGCAAGUGAAGACUAGUUUUCUAUCCAUUUGCUCAUUUGAAGAUGCUUGCAGCAUUAAGAAUUUUAUUGAUCAAAUACUACAGGAGAAAGGGUUCGAAUAUCAUGAGAAACUUGCAGCUUUUCAGAGUGACGGUGAGCCUGUCAUGUGUCGUGUAGCAGAACUUCUGAAACAAGAUUGCCCAUGUUUGAUUUCUCAUCAUUGUGGCUACCGCUAUGCUAUUCUCCCUGCCUUCUAUGCAUGCGAAACAAUGAAACCCAUGGAGAAAUUCAAGGAGACAGUGAGCCAGAUCUUUACAUUCUAUUCCACCAGUAAUGGGAGGUUUUCCAAUAUACUGGGAAUCAAGAACAUUGUUGAUUCUCCGACCCUCAAAGUGAAGGAUCCAAAGGACAUCCAGUGGCUUUUCCAUUGUCGAGCAAUCCCUACCCUGGUCAAGGAAUUGCCUAAAGUAGCGGAGCACAUUCCAGAUUAUGUAAAAUCAUUCCAGUUUUGUGCCAUUCUUCUGAUGCUUGAUAGUGUCUUCGCAAACCUAAAAAAAAUUCAAAAAUCAUUCGAGAAGGCAGAUGUUAGUUUCAGUAACAGUGUCAAUAUCAUCAAUCUUGUGAUUGAUAAACUGCACCCGGACAAUACGUUUUCAAUGCUGAAUGAAUACUUUGCUGAGCAAUGGAAGGAUCUGGAGAUAACGCACACUGAAGAACAGUGGGACCUGUUCAUGCAGCAGAUUUACCAGCCCUUCAUUCAGAAGUUGAAAGACCAACUAAAGGCUCAGUUUCCAGACACUUCUGUUCUGUCUGCUCUGACUAUCCUUGAUGCACCAGCUGAUGAAGACCCAGACCACUGUAUGAACAAUGAUGACGAUGAACACAUCUCGGUCCUGACAAAACAAUUCAGGCUCAGUGAAACGAAACUGAGAUGCGAAUUGGGUAGCAAUUGGAGAGAGCUGGUUAACUGUGACUCUGGGAAGAAAAGCUUCAUGUCUAAAAUUGAAAGCCUAUCUACAGACCAAAGAGACGCACUGCCAAUACUCAGCAGGCUUGCUUCAAUUGCAUGGCUCUUGUCUGAAGCGGCUGAUCACAAAACAAAGAUGGUUAAACAUUUACAAUCCUUUAUUCAGACAACUUCUGAGCAGAGAAACAACCUGGACAGUCUCCUAGUGAUAGGGCUAGAAGGACCCAAUCCAGCUGCUUUUGAUUUUCAGAAAGCCUCUAAAAAGUGGAAUUUAAUGAAGACUCAACAAGACAAUCGAUCUUUUUGUAGCUAGGAACUUCUGCCAAGCCUAUUUGCCUUGUGGUGCACAGUGGAUUGCGUUGUGAUAACUUCUUAUACCUCAUAAACUAUUUCAGAUAGUGACUUCAUAAUUUCCGUUUAGAUACAAUCUUACAAUGCCCUUCACUGCCUUCACUUUGAACUUGGUUAAAUCCCUGAUGCUAAACUUUUGGCCAUAGCUGUA